AUGGCCUUCCGACCCCUCGCCAACUACGCUGAAGUGAUUCACUUCCAAGGCAAAGACGCCUCGGCCUUGACCGACAGGCCUUUCAACAAUGGAAGCGCCGCAGCCGCCCCUACCCUUCGCCCUCGAGGUGUUAACCGCAUCCUUCUCUUCCCUGGCUCCUUUAACCCACCUCACCAGGGCCAUCUGAAGCUGCUCCAGCACGUCUUCAACAACGCGGGUGAUGAUCUCAACAUCGUCGCGGCCAUCGUCAUCAUGACCGAUGACGACCGCCUCAAGGACAAGCUCUGCACUGAGGAGAAGCCCUUGAUUCUCUCUCGCGAGCAGCGCGUCAACCUCUGGCGCGGCACUGGUAUUCCCGUCAACUGGGUUUGGAUCUAUGACAAGUCCGAGUCCGAGUGGGAGACUUUCCGUACUCAGCUUUCCGGCAAGGUCAGAAAGGAUGGCAUCGAACUCAAGUUUAUCCUUCUCGGCGGCCCUGACGUGAUCGGAGCCGGAGGGAUGUGCAACCCUGAGUAUUGGAAGUGCGCCGAUUGUAUCACUAGUGACAUCUCCCGAGCUGUCGACUUUAGAUACCCCAACACUCUUCGCCAGAUUCCUGGCUGCUCCAUGUGGGAGAGACUCACUUUCGACCGUAUCAGGCUGGAAGGCCAGAUCCGAGCUAGACUUCGAGGCAAGCAAGCCGCAGCUAUCGAAGAAGCUAUCUCGGCUGCUUUUGCCAAGCUUAGCAGCAUUUCUGUCUGCCGUCGACAGCGCAAGCCCAAGGGCACCGUCCGAUUCCUCCCCUGCGAUAUCAGCUUGCGCCCAAGUGACCCCCCUAGCUCGACGAAGAUUCGCCAGAUCGUUGCCACUGCGCCCAAGGAGGCACUUCAGGCGAAGCUGGAGGGCGUCGCGCUUAGCCCGGCUAUCCUUGCCGAGUACAUCAACAAGAGCCAGAUCUGA